GGACCGGAAGAAUUGUUUGAGACCAUCUCCCAGGCGCUGAUAUCAUCUGUAGACCGUGACUGUUUAAGUGGUUGGGGAGGACAUGUUUAUGUUGUGACACCAACUGAAGUGACAGAGAGGAUCUUGAAGGGAAGGAUGGACUAAACACUAAUGGGGUGCUAUACUUGUUCACCAUUGCAUUCCCUGGAGGACAUUUCGCUUGUUUUGGAAUACUCCACAUUUCAUAUCUGAUGUUAUCGUAUUUAUGUCUCUCCGUGAUUGUUAUUCAAUAGAUUCAGUUGUCUGUCACUAAUGAAUGUUAACGUUCUAGUUAGUUUACAGUCAGCUGUUUGAGCUUCCCAACAAA